UGUUCCAAAGAUAAAGUGGACGUUUUUUAGAUUGUUUUCUGGUCUCGUGGGGGUAUAAAAGUUUGCAGUGUGCAAGGAGGGAAAAAGGCAAAGAAAGUGGAUGCGAGGGUGGAAGGGGAGGCUAGCGCCUGCGCUGAAUACACUCAAGGGGAUGCGGUUGGGCUUCUGCAGCCAUGGCGACGGGUGUGUGCAGGGUCGAGCGGCGGAGGCCGAAGGUUUCGGGUCACUGCGUGCGCGGAUCGGUUUGCGGGUCUCUACGCGUGCUGUGGACUCGGGACUUGGAGGCGGUAGACAGUUACACGCAGUCUUCCGUCUGCCCUGCCGUGGACUCCUGCCAGGUAAAAAACACUACCUUUAACCGGGGCAAGCUACGCAAUGUGGGAUUCUGGGAGGCCAUGCAGGAGGAAGACUGGGAUUGUAUCUUCUUCCAUGAUGUGAACCUACUCCCAGAGGAUGACCGCAACCUCUAUACUUGUGACAUCUUCCCCGCCCAUGUAUCUGUGGCCAUUGACAAGUUCAACUACAAGCUACCCUACCAAGGCUACCUUGGAGGAGUGUUUGCCCUGCGCCCCAUUCACUACCUGAGGAUAAAUGGCUUCUCCAAUGCAAACUGGGGCUGGGAAGAUGAGGAUAAUGACAUUGCUGCCAGGGUGAAACUUAGUGGGAUGCUCCUCUCACGGCCCCACCUACUGUUUGGGCGCUACCACAUAUUGGAGGGACAGGAUCCUGGCUACAAGCAAAGUUCCCAGAGGUCCGGUCUUUUGGCUAGGAUCCGCCAAUGGUGGCAAGAUGAUGGCACCAACUCACUGGGCUACAGGCUGCUCUCUAAGGAGUGGUGGCCCCUCUACACCAACCUCACUGUGGACAUCAACUUCCAAACCUUAGAAGCCCCAGUGUCUAUUCGAGGAAUAUCUAGAGGGUGGGAAGGAGCUCCUGAAGCCAGGGUUUUCAGGGCAGCCCGAUAA